AUGGACCAGCUCAGUGAUGCAGAGCUGUGGGUUUGCUUGCCUAAACGUUUGCGCUCCAGCUUGAGCGCAGCGGGCAGCAGGGCGCUGCCUCCCUGCGAAAUGCUGGCUAACAUGUUUGUUGACAGGGAUGACAUCAUUGAUUUCUUCAAAGGCGACAUCCUGGUGGCAGACUUGGAGCGGAUUGAGCUCCUCCAGCAUCGCGCGGAGAAGUCAGCAGUUCGUGUGCAAAAACGUAGGGCCAACACUUUUCCGGAGCAGCAGCACCUUUGCGUCGCUUCCAAGGCAGCUCGGUGGGAGCCCUUACAAGUGCUCAGACCUACCAAAGCUUGGCUUUCCAGGGCUUCAGGUGCAGUUCGGAGGAGAGCGCCAGGCACGAGGAUUGUGACGCAAGCUCCAGCAUCGCGCACAGCCGCUGAACAUGCAGAUUUGCGGCGAUGGCGCGCGAAUCUUGCUGCCUUGAUUACAGAGCUAGGUCUUCCGGCAGCUGCGCAAGCUGCCUUGGUGGACAUGCCCAAGGGUGCGUUGGAAGCAGGGCUGGGCACAGUGCGCGCCGCCACCAUUCGCAAGCAUGUGCGGGAAUUCAAAAAGCUGUCGGCCUAUUGCAAAGCAGUGUCUGAUAGAGCGUGGCCCAAGGAUGUAGGAGUCGUUUUGAGCUACUUGCACGAAAGACAUUUGGAACCUUGCUGCCGUUCGGUGCCGCGUGCUAUAUUUUGUUGCAUAGCCUUUCUUGAAAAAGUAGGUGGUGUGCCCAACGUGAGUCGCUUGAGUGAUUUGCAAUUGUUGAAGAAUACAGUAAAUCAGAUGACGAUGGAUUUGGAAACAGGGUCGCCGCCCAAGCGCCAGGCGCCCCUCCUACCCCUGGUGGUUGUUGCUGCGCUGGAAGUAGCUGUUUGCACUGAUACCUUGCCGCUGUUUUUGCGUGGGUUUGCUUUCUACAAGCUUUUGAAAAUUUGGGCAGCUGCCCGGCAUUCAGAUUUGGAAAGCUUGAGUCCCAGCAGCCUUAGCAUCAGCCAGGGUGGCCUUGAGGGCAGAUUGGACCGGACCAAGACUAGUGGUCCGGGGAAGCGGGAUGCAUUCUUCUUGCGGCCGGAUUGGCAAACAAUGGGCAUGAGUCUUUGGAAAGCGGAAGAAAUGAAUUUCGAGAGGGACUUUUUCUUGCCCUUGCCUGCAGCGGAUUUCUCUGGGUGCCGCCGUGGUAUGGCCUCUUACAGCCAUGUGGUAUCUCUAUCCAAGCAGCUGUGGCGAUGCUUGCGCUUUCCAACUUUGUCGGAAGGCCAGUGGGUUUUCUCUGAUACGUUUUUGUUCGCAUCUCCGGACGCAGUGUCCUUCUGGACGGCACAUUCAGAGCGCAAUUGGCUGGUUUCCAUCUUGGCAGCAGCCGGUGUGCCUCGCGAACAGCGGGAGUUCAUCGGGAGAUGGCGUGCCUCUAGCUCCUCGGAGGAGUACGUACGUUCGGCCAGAUUCAUUGUGCGCAGCUUGCAGUUGAAGGCCUUGAGUGCCCUAGGCGUGGAUCCCUUGCUAAGAAGUUUAGGCAUGGACGAGCUGGUGGAGCAUCUGCGUAAUCAGUGUGGCUUUUGUAACGAAGAACUGGUGGAGCUGAGGGACAGAUGUGCGCAGUGUGUGCAACAGUUUCCUUUCCAUUCUUUUGCGGUGCCUACUUGCAAUCAACCGGCUGCUGAAGCUGGUGCUGGGCCCAUGCCUGAAGUUGCACCAGCGGAAGAGCUUGACAGUGCAGAGCCUUUCUUCAUUGCAAUUGUAGGCCACCGCCGGUUGCGGCGCUUGCACCGGUCGGGCGGCUGCCCGGCAGCCCCAAGAGAGCUGCGCGAAGUAGAAUAUCUUCAAUCCCUUGAAGGUGCGGUGUAUGACUUUGCUUGUAAGCAUUGCUGGCGUGGCGGUGCGGAGCCGGGGGAUAGUGAGCUGUCUGCGGUAUCAGUUCAGCCGGUCCUAGACAUGGUACCCUUCAUGACGGUCUCGGACAAGGACAUUUUGGCCAAGGUGGAGUCGGAACUCAAGUUCCACAUGGACGAGGCAAGGGUGCCUCAGGAUGUGCAGCUGCUGGUCUACAAGUGUGGAUAUGAUUCCAUGCGAAUUUUUGCGGGCUUAGACGAUACCAAGGAAGCGGUGCGAUCUGCGCUCAAGGAAGAAUUGCCGCUUGACUAUACAGCCAGCCCCGAAAAGAGGCGCAACAUGGCUUUGCUGCUGAGUGUGUGGGACACCUGCCGACUGCAGUUGUCCGUUCAAGAAAAGCACAAGUCGGAGGCCAAGCUUGGAACCCACACACGGCUCAUUCAAACCACUGAGCACGCCUCCUUGCGCUCCGCUAUUGAAGCAGUGCAUGGCGAUCUCUGUGACAAAGAAGUGCCAAGCAAAUCCCUGAUUGCUCAAAAGCUGGAACAGGUAGAAGACAAUUGCCCGGAGCUGGAAGAUCUCCGGGAAGUCACAUCGGUAGCAGAUGCCGCCACCGAAGCCUAUGCUGCGGUGAUUGACCCUACAAGCAACACUUUGCGAUUCAAGCCUGGGAAGACCAUGACCACUCCCCCCAGCACGCCUGAGGAAUUGCGACUGAGGCAUCGCAGGUUGGGCCUGGCAUGGGAAAUGGCCCGCAGCCGCCACUGCUCGCGUGCUUGGCUGCCAGAGGGCUGCGUUGAUGCUUUCCGCAAGUUCUCUGACCAUAUCUUGGGAGCCAAGAUCGCCGGUUUGAAGACCCCUGACGGGCGUUCCCCGGCUUGGAGCAAUGUGCUCCUCUAUGAGGCUGAGGUGAGGAGACAUGCUUACGAAGCGGUGCGAAAAGGAGAUGCCAAGGACUUGGCUGUCGCUUUGCGCGAUGCUUGCAAAGCACCAGACGUUGUCAGCACUUACUUCAUCGUGCCCAUCACCAUGUCUGCAACAGUCGCAUUUGCGGCCGGAGGGCGAGUUGACCCCAUGGAUAGUCCCCCUCCUGGAGGUGAGGUGGCUCUUGGGCAUUUGCCUAGGGGCGUGCUCCCUCCGGACCAUGUUGGAGGGCGCGUUGACUUCAUGGACGGUUCCCCUCCUGGAGGUGAGGUGGCUCUUGGGCAUUGGCCUAGGGGCGUGCUCCCUCCCGAGGUUGGUGAGGCGACUCUGGGUGUGCAAGCUCAGGGUGUGCUCCCUCCUCCGCCCGCCAAAACUGCGUGGCAAAGUCCCGACUCUGCAUCGCCUACGGGUGGGGCCAUGCCGUCGUGCAGCGUCGGGGAGUCAUCAGCAGAGGCAUCAUCCGACGAAGACGAGGAUGGGCUUCAAAAACCGCUGCUGGGGUCAGGCAUUUGGGGACGCGGGCCUCCUAUGAGUGCGAAAAUUCUAGGAAAGAAGAAGCCCUUCACAGAUGGUCUAGGCUUGUGUUCGCCGGGCCGCUGGGCCCCUAGCUGCAGGCAGAAUGCUAGGGACCGUCCCUGCUUAGGUUUUGCAGAGCAGUUGGGACAAGAAUUUUUGAAAUUGCUAGCGCGUAGCUUGGACAUGCGGCAGAUUGCUAUGAAGCUGGCAGUAGGACAUGCGAGCGAGUCACCCUUCAACACCGAGCUGCUAGAAGAAGGAAGGGCCAUUCUUUUCUAUGCCCUUGAGCUUGCCGGCACCAAGCUGCCAGUCAGACACAAGAGCGAAGGCCAGCCGUUUUACUUAGCGGCAGUGGAAGAACUUUUGCGCAUCAGUGGAGACCCAGAUUGGCGCGUGUUCUUUACAUCAAGCGUGUCGUUUGCGCGUGGUGUUCGCAUUGGCUUUGAGUCUAAGGCCCCAAGGGUGCCUGCAGUGUUUGAAAGGAAGAUGCGCUGGAGGAGGUAUGAGGAAGAAGGUGCCGAGUGGGGCUUAGACAGGGACAAUUAUUUGUCAGCAAAAACCCACGCCGCAGAGGUCCAGAGCCAGUUCCAAGAGGAAGAGAAGUUGGGAGCAAUGGUUGAAAUGGAUGUAUCAGAGGCGAAGGCAAGAUAUGGUAAUCGCUUGGCAGUUGCUUCCUUGGGCGCGAUAGAAAAGAAGAACGGCACCUAUCGGGUUGUGCAUGAUGGAACGCAUGGCAUCGGGAUCAAUCCGCGGAUCAAAGUUCGCGACCAGCUCAAGUCCCCGGGCGCAGGUGACGUCAGAGCAGUGCUGCAGGAGAUGCCUGGAUGCUUCUUUGCGCUGACGGGCGAUGUGGCCCGUGCGCAUCGGCUUGUGAAAGUAGCCGAGCAGGACUGGGGCCUGUUAGCUUGCCGGACCGCAGAAGGAGACAAGUUAUGGCUGAACAAGGUAGGCUCGUUUGGCAUCUCCAGCGCCGCCUACCACUGGUCGCGGCUGAUGAGCGGCCUGGGGAGGGCAGUAUAUUACACCCUGGGGAAAUCCGAGCUAUACUUGUUAGUCUACGUUGAUGAUCUUUUGUGGAUGGUUCGUGAAGCAAAAGGGCUGGAGCUGAUUGUGAUGAGCAUUUUUCUCUUGGAAGUUUUGGGCUUGCCUUUUGCGUGGAAAAAGUUCAAGGGUGGCAUUGAUGUGGAAUGGGUCGGUUUUGAGCUAUGUCUGAAGGGGGCCAGACUGGGCUUGUCGGAGGUUCGUGCGCAGUGGUUGAUCGUGUGGUUGGCAACAACAGCACAGCGUGGCACAGUGAAAAUUGCGGAACUUGCCUCUGUUCUGGGGCGGCUAUCAUUUGGGUUGACGGCUCUGGGGCACUUGAGGCCUUUCUUGGGACCCAUCUAUGCUUGGGUUGCCGCAAUGGGCAGCCUUGGGGAAUGUAAGGUCCCAAAGGCGUUGGUUUUGAUCUUCAGGUUUUUGGCGGCAGCAUUGGAAGGCUCUGGCAGGUUGGCUAAAGCUGGAAGCAAGUGUGGACACGUGCAAGAGCUCUUCCGCACAGAUGCAAAGGCCGAGGGCAAUCAGAUUUGGCUAGGGGGCUGGGCUUUAGAUCAUUCUGAUCACAAGUAUUGCCGCUGGUUCUCUGAGCAGCUAAACCACAACAAUGCGCCUUGGUUAUUUGCCGCUGGUGAAUGUUACAGGCAGAUCGCGUCUUUAGAGUUGCUCGCAACAUUGGCUGCUGUUGUAACCUUUGGCAUCCCUGAGUGCGCUCGUGGGGGCAUAAGUUGCUCUGCGGGAACAGACAACCUGGGAAACAGUAUGGUCGUGGCGCGAUUGCUGACCACCAAAUUUCCUUUGGCUUGUUUCUUGAUGGAGUUAGCUUUGCAGCUACAGAGGCGGGAGGCGGACUUGGAGUUGUUCUGGCUGCCGCGGUUGCAAAACGAAGAAGCCGAUGCCUUGACGAACCAAUGUUUUACCGCCUUUGAUCCAGCGAAGCGGUGCAGGUUCGAUGUGGCCAAAUUUGAAGGCAUUGUUCUGAGUCAGGUUUUGGCAGCAGGGCAAGAUCUUUAUGAAGAAAUAGGCCAAACAAGGGCCGGGCGUGAGUUGCUGGUCCAGCAGCGGCGAACCAAGGCUCGCAGAACCAACGGCUUGAAAGACUCUCACCCGUGGGGCUAA